AUGCCGGUUGACGUCUCCCAGCUCGAGCAGCAGCUUGAGGGAAAGACCAAGGAGCUGUCUGUUUUACAAGCGCGUAUCUCCGAACUUGAGAACGAACUCAAAACAGUUGAGCAGUUGAAGGCGCAGCUUACGGACCAAACCCAGAAGCUGUCUACCUCAGAAAGGCGCGUCGCUGAACUCGAGAGGCUCCAAGAUGCCCAGACUGCCAGCGUCAAAACGGUUGAAGGAUUGACGAACCAGUUUGGCCAAAAGACCAAGGAGAUUCCCGCCUCCAAAGGGCGUUUCUCCGAUGUCGAAAAAGGGCUCAACGGGGCCCUGGCUACUUCCCAAGCCAACAUCAAACUAGCCCAAGAUGCCUGGGCUGCUAGUCAGAAACUGGGGGACAAGGUCAAGGACCUCAUCGGUCAGGUUUCGGGGCUGAAAAGUGCCCUGGUCAUCGUGGACGAAGGCAGCCAAGCUGUAACAGAGGAGGAGCAGAACCCUGACCUCAGUGCUUACCAUAGAUUCUUGGGUUAA